AUGAAGAUUCUUGAAGUGGGUGCGGGAACGGGAAGCUGCACUACUCUCGUUUUAGACAUUCUGAACACCUAUGACAAGCACAACGGGCAUGCGAAGCGGUAUGCGGACUAUACUUUUACGGAUAUUUCACCAUCCUUCUUCGAGAAGGCCGAGGAGAUGUUUUCGGAAUACCCUGCUAUUUUUUUUAAGACAUUUGAUGUCGAAAUGGACCCAGAGAAGCAGGGCUUUAAAAUCCGCGAAUAUGACCUUAUUCUUGCAUCCAAUGUGCUUCAUGCCCCUGGGAAUACGGAUAAAUUGCUAGCGAACUGUAGCAAGCUUCUAAAACCCGAUGGAAAGCUAGUUACGCUUGAGAUUACCCAAACUGGGAGUCUUACCCCUGUACAAUUUGCAUUUGGCACCCUUCCGAGCUUUUGGGGCUGCCUUGACGAUGUUGACGAUGGUCGUCCAUUUGGCCUGUUUAGAACUCUGCCAUCAUGGGAUGAACAACUUCGUCGCUCUGGUUUUAGUGGCCUAGAUUUGAUUCUGAGAGACUUUCCAGAACCCCUAGCACUUGAAAGUGUCAUGAUGUCGACUGCUAUACACGAUCCAAGUAAUAACACGGUGAUCCCUGGAAUUGGUCCCGUCACUAUUCACGUUGAGAAAUCGAGAGGAAACGUCAGGUACAGCUCCAUGGAAAACCUUCCUGAGCUUGCUGAGUCUAGUCAACCCCAAGUAUACAUUGUUUUGGAAGAACUCGAUAAGCCGGUUCUGAUUGAAAUGCAGUCAAAGCAGUUUGACGGUUUCAAGAAGCUUGUCCGCACAGCGUCAAGCAUUCUCUGGGUUACUGCAGGGGACCUAAUGGUUGGAAAAAAUCCCGCCGUUGCAAUGGCUCACGGAAUCAAUACUUUUCUUAUGAAUGAAAAUUCGACAAGGCAUCUUAGGUUUGCUACCCUGGACCUCGAUGAUGCUGCUCUCUCUGAAACUGCGACGGCUGUUAAACAUAUUGCGGAAAUAUUCUUACUGGUUGCAAAGGCACAGUCAAGAGAAGAGUGUGAAACAGAUUUCAUUCUAAAAGAUGGAGUCGUACACAUUAGCCGGGUUGUUCCCGACACUCAAUUGAAUGAAGAGUUCAGGUUGGACAAUGGAGAUGGUCGGGUGGGCCAUGAUUUUCCAACCUCUGGAAAUGUGCAGCUGGCGUUCGAAGCUCCUGGUCUUCUAGACACGGUUUAUUUCCGAGAACAACCUACUUGUGACAUUGAACUUGGACCGGAUGAGCUCGAAAUCAAUAUUAAAACUGUUGGGUUGAAUAUGAAAGACUAUGUUAUUGCUAUGGGAAACUUUGAAAGCGUCAAGUCUAGCAACGAGUCGACCGGGAUUGUAUCUCGUGUUGGUGCUAACGUUGAAAAUAUCAAACCGGGAGACAAAGUUAUCUGCCUUGAGCGGGGCCAUUACGACACAUUUCUGCGAAGUCCCGUAACUAAGUGUGUAAAGCUAAACGAUAAUGAUGACCUGCUUGAGAUGGCUACAGUUGGCAUUGCUCAUGGCACUGCAUUUUAUUCUCUAAGAUACCUAGCACAACUUGAAGCUGGAGAAACCAUUCUUAUUCAAGCUGCUACCGGUGGCCUGGGUUUGGCUGCUAUACAAUAUGCAAAGCUCGUCGGAGCAGAAAUAUAUGCAACCGUUGGUACCCAAGUUAAAAAGGAACAUCUGAUGAACGAAUGGGGGAUCCCAGAAACCGCAUCUUUUGGUCUCGCUCUCUUAGCUUCAAGCAACAACUGUUGA